AUGGAUGCUUCUAAAGUUACAAGUAAAACAAGCUCUCUAAAGGCAUUGAUCCUAAAAGCUUGGAGAGAACGAUGGACGGAUAUACAAUGGGGUAUAAACAUUAAGACUAUACUUCCGAGAGGUGUCAGCGGAGAUCUGUACAACCUUGCUGAUUGUAUUCUUCAGCAAGCUAUGGUUGGCUGUGGAGCAAAUCAACUGGUAAUAUCCUACUUGAAGCAUUCCCUGGCAUCGCACUUGGUGUCUUAUGCAGCGGUUUUACAACGGAUUGCUAAAUUUGACGCAUUUCACAAACCCCAUUGCAUUCUCAGUCUACUUGAGUUUAUGGAGAGUUUUCUUGAUGGUAUAACAUGUCGGGGUAAAAUGGAAGAAGAGGUGUUGGCAUUCGCCGUUUCGUCUAUAAUCUUAUGGCUAUUGCAAGUGUAUCAUUAUUCCCUAAGUAAAUAUCCAUCUUCAAACCCUAUUCAAACUCAAGAGUUACUGGAAAAAUCAACAUUGUUAUUAAACUCAAUAGUAAACACAGACUUUUUGCUUGCAAUGUUCUACCUCGCUAAGCAGAAUGACCCUAAUGAAUAUAAUGAAGUUACAAAGAAAUGCCAAGAGAUCACUGCAUUCAUGAUGAUGAAUACACAAUUCAAGGCGCCGGUCACUAUUCAUGAGACAUUACAGAAAAUUUGUAAUAUGGAUAUUGAUAAAAUAGCAUCACUGAAUACUAAACCAGAGCCGAUCACUCACUGUUUACAAGCGUUGAUAGCUAUUAAUGUACUUGCUAAUCCAAGUGCUGAUUUGCAGACAUUAUCCAAUCAUCUUCUUAUGGUACAAAGAAUCAAGGGAUAUUCUCUAUCGAGACUGUAUUGUGAACUGAUUAGAGCCUGUUUCAUUUCAUUGAAUGAUUCAAGUAAAGAUUCAUUAAAACAAUCUUUGUGGGCAGCAUUUACAUUUUUGAAGAUACCACAAGUGAUUCACUAUUUACAUAAUACUUGUGGGAACACAAAUAAAGACAAUGAGUACUCCAUUGAGGUUGUUGAGGCAUUUGAAAAGUUGUUGCAGGCCACCCCACUGUUGGAUAUCGUUGAUACAAAAAACUCGUGUAAUAGUGUCAUAUCCUUAUUAGAACCCCUAAUGAAAUUAAAUGUUAUAUCAGAAAAUCAUAUGGUGUACUUCAGACAAAAGAGAGAAAAUAAGGAUGUAAAAUUACUAAAACUAGAGCCAACUGGGCUUCAAGGGUCUGUACCCUCAUUCAUCACUAGAGCUGAACCAACAUUAGCUGGUAUCCUAAAAACAAUGGGAGGUGAGUUUCAUAAAACACACGACUCUUUAUAUGCAAUGCUUUGCCAAAUAGUUGGUGGUGCUACACUGGACACAAUUCUAGCAGUUGCUAUAGUAGAAGGAAAGAUAAAACUAAUUGUCUCAAGGUUGAUUAAGUUUAAUGAAUUUGCAUUAUUAGCUGCUAGUGAGAAAGGUGCUUCCCAGUCCAAAGUGAAUAUCUUUGAUAUUUCAUUUCUCAUUCUUUGCUCAAUAGUCCAAGAUUAUGGGGCAGACGCCGUUCUUGAUGAAAAUGGAGAUUCAUUUUUUGAAAAAUGGGUAAGGGACUGUAUGGUUUACCAAGGAGUUCAUAAAUCUCCUGACCAAAUUCUUCAAAAGUGUGAUUCUCAACUUGUGGAUGUAUUUAUUCAUCACUUGAAUGCUGCAGACUUUGAUUUUAAAAAUACAAAUAUUAAGCCUCAUGACCUUUGUAUGAAUGUAAGUGGAGUAGUUAAAGAAAUUCUUUUUGCUUGGGAGAAAGGUUCUCUUUCAUCAGCAGAUGUUAAGUCUAUGUUGGAUUCCCUAAGACAAAAAAUGCCAUCUCUAGCAGUAUGUGCUGCUGUGUGGUUAUGUUCAUAUGUUAAUGUUGUUCACCAAGAUGCAGUUUUGAAGCCUAUUAAUAUGAUACAACAGUUCUUAGUGCCACCUAGUGAGGUUGAGGUAAAACAGUUAGAUAAUUUCCAAGAGAAAAGUGUUCUGAUGGCUCAAAUUAUAAGGAAGAUGCAGUAUGAUAUUCACCCUCUUUCUCUAUCAAAGGCCAAGGCGCUGACACUCUCACAUAACAUUAUUUCAAGACAUCCUAUUUUAGAACAAUUACAAACUGUGUGGGAAGAUAUUAAAACUAGAGGAUAUCUACAUAUUGAUGCUACCCAUAUUAUAGAAAGUCUUUUGAAAACAACUGGACCUAUCUGGUUUGUCACAAACUUAGUAAAGGAAACAUUGAAGUUUCGUUACCAAGAUGAUUUAGAUAGGUCGGUGGAUAUUGUUAUUGCUAUGUUUCAUUUGGAUAUUGAAAAAUGUACUGAGGCUUUGAUUCUGCAUGUUUUACCUCAAUAUUUGUAUAAUGCAAAAUUGAGUGAAGAUUUAGUAGAACCUCAAUCUGCAAUAUUGGCCAAACUCGUGGUUUAUUCCAUUUACGCUGCUCUCGAACAUAGUAAUUCAAACAAAACUACACCAACCAGAAAACGGCGUCAUGAUGAGUCCGAGGACUUAGAUCAGCAUUGUUCAAGUAAUAAAAUGAGACGAAUGAAUGAUAAUUCUACUGAUAGCACUAUGUACUACAAUCAAGGAAAGAGUAUCUCUGGAAUCACUUUAAAGGAACCCCUGCUAUCUGCAUUGGAAACUCUGUUUGCUUCGUUUUCGCAGUUAGCUGGAAAAAAUGGCGAUGUCACUCCUCAAACUGAUUUUAUUUUGCAGUUUCUCAUAUAUGUGGUGCAAUGUGGACAAGACAGAGCACAAUUAGUUCUGCAAAAAAUGCCCAGUGAACUUGUUCCAACUUUGAUUAAAUGUCUUCCAGGCGGUUUUAAUAUAGGUUUAAUACUUAGAUUGUAUGAUCUAUCCACUCCAUAUGGAAGAAAAGAUACUGCUAGAGAUUUAUGUCUUUUGCGUAAUAUGCGGCUCAGACCCGAUUAA